AUGGAGUCGUGUGCUGCCGAAGUUCGGCGAUCGAUCGAUCUUAUCUUCAACUAUAUUAUCUUCUUUCCCAUCUCUGGUCUGUUGUCUGCAUCGCAUCAUUCUACGGAAUCCAAGCGCAUUUCGAAUUUCUUCACUCUUGCUUUCCGCUUCCGCUUCUGCUUAUUUAUCUGGGACCUGUUUCACCCCAAUGUGAACGAGGAGGGCAGGCAUGCCACCUCAUCUGAGGACCCUCCCGAGGUUCUCCCCCUCUACGACUACAGCGACUACAACAACGACAGCGACAUUCACAUCUUCCAAUCUCGCUCUUUCGAACAGACGACAUGCCCGCGGCACAUCCGCAACGAAUUUCUCAACGACGGCAGGCGCUGGCCGGGAGCCAACAUCAAGAAACAGUUCUACGCCCUCUCCCUCGCUCACCACCCGGACCGCAACCGCGACGAUCCCACCGCUUCCGCCCGCUUCGCAAGGAUCUCCUCCGCCUACCAGGUCCUGGGGAACAGCGCGGCGCGCGCGCGCUACGACCGAGACAAUGGCAUCGUGAACCAGAACACCUCUGGCGCCAAUGCCGGCCAGCACCCUAUGGGCAGCCACAGCAGCUACAGCGCCAAGGGCUCCUACGCCGGCUCACGGCCGGCUAGCGGGCUGAGCAAGAGACCAGGGCCGUUUCGCGGUCCGCCCCCGAGUUUCUACGCGCACGGCGGGUACGGCGCGAGAGGGACAAGACCGGGGCAGACGGCCUCUGCAUCCGCAUCGGCUUCAGCCGCGGGGGCAACUAGCAAGACGGAAGAGGACCCAACGUCGUUCAUCAAACACAAUCCGGUCGGACACUUCAACGCCCAGAGCCACUACCGAACGCAGGUCGCCGAAGACGCCCGACGACAAGAGCGGAAGAUGCGGGAGCUGGGCCUCGGCGAUCGAGACGUGGGGAGCGAAAGUGGCGGGAUGAUGCUACGGUUCUUGAUCGUCUGCGGGAUCUUGGUCGGGGCAGGCGCCGUCGCAGGGUUUUUCCAGACUCCAGGAAGCAGGUCAUCAUCAUCGUCGUCAUCAUCGUCGUCGAGAAAGAGAGAUGAACGAUGA